AUGGACGACCUGUUGCCUGAGCGCUUGCUGUUCCUUGCCGAUGCGCCGACCUGUGCGGCGCUGCUGCGCUGCAGUUGGCGCUUCGCGGUGGUGGGGCGUCGCGCGAAAGAGCGGCUGCAGCAGGGACUGGUGACCGAAGUCACGGACUCCUUCAGGUUCUACGAGUUGCACAUCACGGUGGUGCGUCCCAAGUUGCCGAAUGGUGACCUCCAUGGUCUCGAGAAGGGCGGCUGUAUCCCCUACCGCGUGGGAGGGCCAGGAGAGGCCUCCUUCUACUCGGAGCGUUGGUGGUGUGAAGGGCACUUGCUGUCGGAUUGCUUCUGGGAGACGAACAGCUGGAAGUACUUUGCCCGCUAUGAGAUGCACGAGAUUUGUCAAAGCAAGGAGUACGAAGAACUGCCGAAGCCUUUGCCUUUGGAACAUCCAAAGCUGCAAUGCUUGAACCUGGACACCUAUGGAGUGUUGUGUUUACGGAGACGCUUUGGUGAGACUGGGGAAGCAGAAGAAGUGUGGUGUCCGGAUUUCUUGAAAGAAGAUGGCAACCCAAGCACUUGGGACAUGACGAGAAUGGAAAGCGCCUUUAUGGGACUUUGGCAUUUCUACUGA